GCCGUGCUGCCCAAGAUGCGCAGGUUAAGUAACAUGACCCACAUGCUCACCAUAGAGGAACGUUCCGAGAGUAAGAAAGACUAGACCGUCAUCGCACCCGCGAAAGUUAUAAAACUGAGAACCAGAGAGGGAAGACGAAUAAUCCCCUUUCAAGUUUCCUGAGCGUACUCUGUCAUCCGUGAAUCUAGGGUUUCUUUAAUGGGAUUUUGAAGCGUACUUGCUCUUUGAAAUAAAGAAAGCCUGAGAUUCGAACGAAGUUUCCCAUAGUUAUUUAAUCAGAGGUUUUGGUGGCUCUUCUUGUCUGCAUCAUGAUUUAUAGAGUGCGCUAACUAAUCUAAUUUCAUGGAGGAAGAAGAGGAGGAUAGGAUUCUGUUAAGCAGUUUAGGUGUAACAUCUGCCAAUCCUGAAGAUAUUGAACGUGGCAUAUUUACAGAGGUGAAAAAUGAUGUUGGAAAUGGGAGUGAAGCUGAAGAGAGCACUGAGGAACAACUUCUCCAAGAAGAAAAAGACAUUGGCCCAUCAUCUACUCGCCGAGCCAAACUUUAUAACAAAUUGCGGGCAGUAGAAGUUGAGAUCAAUGCUGUUGCAGCUAGUGUCGAACAUGCAAGGAAUGCCGCUAGUGUCUUAGAUAGUAUUGAUAAUGAGGAGAAAGAAGACUUUCAGGAUGAUGGAAAUGUUGUUCAGGCUUCUCCAAAUGGAUUAACCCUUCAUCGUGCCCUAGCUGCUGAUCGUCUGAACAGCCUCAAGAAAACAAAAGCUCAGCUCGAGAAACAACUUUCAGAGUUGGAUAAGAAUGACACUACAACAAGCAUUGCACAUGAUAAGUUGAUUCAUGAUCUGAUUAAGGAAGAUCCAAGACCUAAACGAAAGUUGAAAGAAGUCAAACACUCCAGUAAAGAUUCAAAGAAACGGCAAAAAACAGUUAUGUUCAGCGAGGAUGUUGACUUUGAUGCAGUGUUGGAUGCUGCUUCUGCCGGACUUGUUGAAACAGAAAGAGACAAGUUGGUCCGGAAGGGCAUUUUGACUCCUUUUCAUAAGCUUAAAGGAUUUGAACGUCGUCUUCAACCACCUGGACCAUCAGAUGCACAAAAUUUACCUCCAGAAGAAGAAAAUUCUCAGAACCUUGCUUUGGCUAGUGUUGCUAGAGUUGCUCAAUCAAUAUCAGAGGCAGUCCAAACUCGUCCAACAACCAAGCUGCUUGAUGCAAAAGAUUUACCUAAACUUGAUGCACCAACUCGUCCUUUUUACAGACUAAAAAAACCUUUGAAACUUUCCCCUGACACCAACUCAGAAAAGAACAAUGACAAGAGAAAGAAACAAAAGAGGCCUUUACCUGACAAGAAAUGGAGGAAGGUCAUUUCUCGUGAGGAAAAACUUUAUGAAGGAAGCGAAGAUGAUCAAAGGGAUAGCUUUGUAACUUCUGAUUAUGAGGAAGAAAAUCAAGAUGUUGAAGAUGAUGACAGAGAACCUCCUUCUGUCAUGCUUGAAGGAGGGUUGAAGAUCCCAGAAGCUAUUUUCAGCAAACUCUUUGACUAUCAAAAAGUGGGAGUGCAGUGGCUAUGGGAACUGCAUUGCCAAAGAGCAGGUGGAAUUAUUGGAGAUGAAAUGGGUCUUGGAAAGACCAUUCAGGUCAUAUCAUUCCUUGGAGCUUUGCAUUUCAGCAAGAUGUAUAAAUCCAGCAUUGUUAUCUGCCCUGUUACCCUCUUACAUCAGUGGAGGAGGGAAGUAAAGAAGUGGUACCCAAGCUUUCAUGUUGAAAUACUACAUGAUUCUGCUCAGGUUCCUAUUAAGAAAAAGAAACGGGUGAAUUCUGAUAAAACUGAUGAAGCAAGCGAAGGCUCACCUGACAGUGAUAAUGAGAUGCCUCUGCUAACUAAAUCUACCAAAAAGUGGGAUUUCUUGAUAGAACGUGUUUUGGGGUCAGAAUCUGGAUUGCUCAUUACCACUUAUGAACAGCUCCGACUGCUUGGGGAAAAACUGCUUGAUGUGGAAUGGGGUUAUGCAGUACUUGAUGAAGGACAUCGGAUCCGGAACCCAAAUGCAGAGAUUACUCUAGUUUGCAAACAGCUGCAAACAGUGCAUCGUAUAAUAAUGACAGGUGCACCAAUCCAGAACAAGUUGGCAGAGCUGUGGUCAUUGUUUGAUUUUGUAUUUCCUGGAAAGUUGGGAGUCUUACCCGUAUUUGAGGCAGAAUUUGCAGUUCCCAUUUCAGUUGGUGGUUAUGCAAAUGCUACACCAUUACAGGUAUCCACAGCUUAUAGGUGUGCAGUUGUCCUACGUGACCUGAUCAUGCCUUACCUCCUCAGGCGUAUGAAAGUUGAUGUUAAUGCUCAUCUUCCAAAGAAAACUGAGCAUGUUCUCUUUUGUAGCCUCACUGCAGAGCAGCGAUCUGUAUACCGGGCAUUUCUUGCAAGUUCUGAGGUUGAACAAAUUUUUGAUGGCAGUAGGAAUUCUCUGUAUGGAAUUGAUGUCAUGCGCAAGAUUUGCAACCAUCCUGAUCUGCUUGAGAGAGAGCAUUCAUCCCGCAAUCCGGAUUAUGGCAAUCCAGAGCGCAGUGGAAAAAUGAAAGUUGUAUCCCAAGUGCUUAAAGUCUGGAAGGACCAGGGUCACCGCGUUCUACUUUUUACCCAGACCCAGCAAAUGCUUGACAUUCUUGAGAAUUUCUUGAUUUCUGGUGGCUAUAGCUACCGUCGAAUGGAUGGGCUUACUCCUGUGAAACAGAGGAUGGCCUUGAUAGAUGAAUUCAAUAACUCAAAUGAUGUAUUUAUAUUCAUUUUAACAACUAAAGUUGGUGGUUUGGGAACAAAUCUGACUGGUGCUAACAGGGUUAUCAUAUUUGAUCCUGAUUGGAACCCUUCUACAGACAUGCAGGCAAGAGAACGAGCUUGGCGGAUUGGGCAGACGAAAGAUGUAACAGUCUAUAGAUUGAUUACUCGUGGAACCAUAGAGGAAAAGGUAUAUCAUAGGCAGAUUUACAAACAUUUUUUGACCAAUAAGAUACUGAAGAACCCACAGCAGAGAAGGUUCUUCAAAGCAAGAGAUAUGAAGGAUUUAUUUACUUUGCAAGAUCACGAGGAGAAUGGUACCACUGAAACAUCCAAUAUUUUUAGUCAAUUAUCUGGGGAUGUAAAUAUUCUUGGCAUUCAUAAAGAUAAUCAGGAUAAACAGAGAACUCCCAAUGCAGCAGAAGCUUUUACUGAUGAUGCUGCAGUUGACAGAGCAAACAACUCGGCAAAUGGACCAUCCCCAAGAAAAGGGAAAGAAAAAAUUGAUCAAAGUGAUGGUGAAGUAGAUGAAGAAACAAGUGUGCUGAGGAGUCUUUUUGAUGCUCAUGGGAUACAUAGUGCUGUGAACCAUGAUGUGAUAAUGAAUGCCAAUGAUGAGGAGAAGAUGAGGCUUGAAGAGAAAGCUUCCCAAGUUGCACAAAGGGCAGCUGAAGCUCUACGUAAAUCAAGGAUGCUCCGGAGUAAAGACAGUAUAUCAGUUCCAACAUGGACUGGGAGAUCAGGUGCUGCUGGUGGCCCACCAGAAGCCCGCAAGAGGUUUGGCUCAACCUUGAACUCCCAAUUGGUCAACUCCAGAUCUUCAGAAGGGACUUCUGGCAGUGGGGAAAGCAGGAUAAAUGGUUUUGCAGCUGGAUCAUCUGCAGGUAAGGCUUUAUCUUCAGCUGAUCUACUGGCUAAGAUCCGAGGAAAUCAAGAAAAAGCAGUCAGUGAUGGUCUGGAACAUCAGUUUGGUUUGGUCUCUGGUUCUAGUAACAACACACAGCAUCUGUCAGAUAGUGGGCCUUCUAGUUCUAGACCUUCUAGCAAGCUUGCUGCAGUACAACCUGAGAUAUUGAUCCGCCAGAUAUGUACAUUUAUACAGCAAAGAGGUGGAAGUACCACUUCAUCCAGUAUAGUAGAGCAUUUCAAGGACAGGAUACCCUACAAGGAUCUAGCCCUAUUUAAGAAUCUUUUAAAGGAAAUAGCUACAUUAGAGAAAAAUCCAAAUGGAUCUUCGUGGGUUCUAAAGCCAGAAUAUCAACAAUGAUCUUUCUAAUUGGGGUUCUUUGGUUCAUAAAUGCUGAUUCCAUCAGCUUAUGCAUGAAAAUAAUGGAUCUACUCGAGUAUUCCUUUCUGUUCCCACAUUCAUGCAAUUGGAUGAGAUGUUCCCUCCUUGUAAGUUCAGUUUUGCAGUGCUGUUAAUGGUUGGGUAGCUCUUUUAGGAUUGGAUCCAGUCUGAAAGUCUGGGAAGUUAUCCUGGAAAAGGUCUUUCUGUAAUUUUUUUUGGGGUGCAGAAAUGGCUCAUCUACUAUUAUUUUAGCCAUUGCACCUGCUUAUUUUGAAAUACUGAACAUAGAUACUUUAGUCUUACUGCUGUAUAGUGUUGAAUGUUCUUCAGGUUUCUAAUUUUGAGUUAAUGAGGUACUUAAAAUUUGGCCA